UAAAUUUGUCAACUUAUCUUCUAAAGAAGAAUCCAAUUCAAGAUUGGCGACGGCCACGCUCCUAUUCUAUACGUUUCUGCUUUCUUCUUCGUCUUCCAAGUUUCAAAUACAGGGACAAGAAAACCAGUACCGGCUUUAGCGGCCAUUGUUUUGCUCCUUCAAAUUCAAUCUCUGUAAUUCUCAGAAAAGACAAAAGAAAAAUGGCUGGGAAUUUAACUACAGGUGGUGGCAAAGAUCUUCCCGGUGAUAUGAACAGGAAGUCCGCAAAUACGGAUUCACUAGUUGUUUGCUUUGGUGAAUUUUUGAUCGACUUUGUACCAACAGUCGGAGGGGUUUCUUUGGCCGAAGCACCUGCUUUCCAGAAGGCUCCCGGUGGCGCUCCGGCUAAUGUGGCUGUUUGUGUAUCUAGAUUAGGAGGAUCAUCGGCUUUCAUAGGCAAGGUAGGGGAUGAUGAAUUUGGGCAUAUGUUAGCUAACAUUUUAAAAGAAAACUACGUGGACAAUACUGGCAUGCGAUUUGAUCAAAGUGCAAGAACGGCAUUGGCAUUUGUUACGCUCAGAGCUGAUGGUGAACGGGAAUUCUUGUUUUUCCGUCAUCCAAGUGCUGAUAUGCGUCUCCAUGAAUCAGAGCUCGAUAUAAACCUCAUUAACAAGGCGAAGAUAUUUCAUUAUGGUUCGAUUAGUUUGAUCGAAGAACCAUGCAAGUCAGCUCAACUUGCGGCAAUGAACAUCGCCAAGAAAUCUGGCAGUAUCCUCUCUUAUGAUCCGAAUUUAAGAUUGCCACUGUGGCCAUCGGCAGAAGCUGCUCGGGAAGGCAUAAUGAGCAUAUGGGAACAAGCAGACCUUAUCAAGGUAAGCGAGGACGAGAUUACAUUCUUAACCGAAGGCGGUGACCCUUAUGAUGAUAAUGUGGUGAUGAACAAGCUUUUUCAUCCUAAUCUUAAGCUUUUGAUCGUAACCGAGGGGUCAGCUGGUUGUAGGUAUUACACCAAGGCUUUCAAGGGGAGGGUUCCCGGGAUUAAAGUUAAAGCUGUUGACACUACGGGUGCUGGUGAUGCUUUCGUUGGCGGCUUACUAAGCAGCCUAGCUUCCGAUUUAAAUCUAUUUCAGGACGAGAAGGGAUUAAGAGAAGCCUUGGCAUUUGCAAAUGCUUGCGGAGCGUUGACGGUAACGGGAAGAGGGGCAAUUCCGGCACUUCCGACAAAACAGGCAGUUGUUGAUGCCUUGACCAAAUAUAAUGCAUCAUAGAAAUGAAAGGAGAUCCUGAUUGGUAUACUUUGUUGGCCAUUAAAGCUGUUUUAGUUCAAAUUUUUUACACUGAUUUCAAGCCAAUUUUGGGUUACUCAAAGAAGUGUUGUAGAAGAUUGAUGUAACAAUAAAACAAGUGACUAUUUUUUAUCAUAUUAAAUUCGUUUUUUUAAA